UUCAUUCCAUAACAAACCUUUUAUAUUGCUAUGUAAGCAUAGUUUUACCACCUAUCAAAAGCCCCACCACUGCUGCCAAAAGUCUUUUAAUUUCCAAACUGUGACGAGACACAUGGAAGUCAAAUUAUUGGAGCCCCCAUGCUCCUCUCCCUCAGUUCGUACACGUACAGUUGCAUCUGGACCGUCCAUAUAUUGAGGAGAGCCCUCUCCUCAUAUACCUGUAUUAGUCCUGGAAGCUCACAUGGAUCAACCAGUGCAUGAGAAAUAGUUCCACCUUACAAUUCAAAAAAACAAAAAAAAUAAAUUCAAAUCCAAUCACCCUCUUGAAAGUGACUUUUCUUAUCGAGGAGCCUCCUGCUAAUUUGAUUCCCUACCAGGCUGCCAUUUUUAUUUUCCUGAUUUCCUUAUCGCCUCUCCCUCUCUCUCCACAUAUAUGAUAUAUCCCUAAUCCCUUCCUCCUACCUAGAACUAGAAUCCCUUCUAAAGCCUGUUCUUUCCAUGCUGACGAGUUAAAUAAAGUCGCCCUAAAAAGCAUGCCACUAUAUAUCGAAAAGUUCUUUUUCUCCAAAAUUAAUUUUCCCCAGCAUUAUUGAAGGUGAGUUGCUUUCCACAUGGGGAGGCACUCUUGCUGUUACAAGCAGAAGCUAAGGAAAGGACUGUGGUCUCCUGAGGAAGAUGAGAAACUUCUGAAUUAUAUUACUAAGCAUGGGCAUGGCUGCUGGAGUUCUGUCCCUAAACUAGCAGGCUUGCAAAGAUGUGGCAAGAGCUGCAGGCUUAGGUGGAUUAACUACUUGAGGCCUGAUUUGAAACGAGGAGCCUUUUCUCAGCAGGAAGAGAACUUGAUAAUUGAACUCCAUGCAGUCCUUGGCAAUAGAUGGUCUCAGAUUGCAGCUCAGCUACCAGGAAGAACCGACAAUGAGAUAAAAAAUUUGUGGAAUUCCUGCAUUAAGAAGAAACUUAGGCAAAGAGGCAUUGACCCUAACACGCACAAACCACUCUCUGAGGUUGAGAACGAUAACAAGGCGAAUCUGCGGACAAGCAACAAUAACAAUGAAAAAACCUCUGUGGGAUCCAACGAACUGAACCUCUAUGAAGUAAUGGAUUCAAAAUUACCUUCUAUAGUGGUGAAGAACUACCCCCUUGAAGUUUCCUCCAAUUCCAAUCUGAAUAACACUGGUAACAGCAAAAACAAUAAUGUUAAUGUUACAAGUAAUCCUCACACCCAGGACUUUUUACUAGAUAGGUUUGCAACCACCCCUGAGAGCAACACCACCACGUAUUGCAGGCCAUCUGAUUUGCUGGGCUAUUUCCCUUUCCAGAAGUUGGAUUAUGCCCCCAACAUUGGGCAGUCAAUGAGUCAAAGUACUUCACUCUGCUUCAAUCCAAGUUCCAGUUGCUCUGAAAUGAUUUCCAAUUUCAAUUUCAGUUUGAGACAAACAGUUUCCCCAACUAUGUCAAGCUCAAUUUUCCAAACGCCAAUACGUGUAAAGCCUUCAGUUAGUCUUCCUUAUGAUAAUCCUUCUCGUGAUGCCAAAGGGGUGCGGAAUUGGGAAGAAAGCUGCUACAGUAACAAUAUGAGUAGCAGCAAUGGAAGCAGUAGCAGUUUGAAAUUGCAAAGCAACACUACCUUCUUUGAGAGCAACCUCUUCUCAUGGGAACCGCCGGAUUGUGGAAAAUCUGGUCAAGGAGUCCAAAUACGUUCACUAGAAGGUGAUCCAGAUGACAUUAAGUGGUCCGAAUACCUGAAUACCCCAUUGUUUUUAGGAACUGUAAUGCAGUACCAAUCCUCUCAAGCCAUGUACAAUGAGGUUAAACCACAAUUACACCUAACAGACAGGUCAAGUAACACUUGGCCUCAGAAUCAGCACCAACAAGCUUCACGGGUUUCAGAUAUAUAUGCAAAGGAUUUCCAAAGACUAGCUGUGGCCUUUGGACAAACCCUUUAGCUUCUUUAGUUUAUAAUUCAAGCAAAGAGAGAAAUACAUAAGUUCAGCUGGCAAUGGCUUGGGCUGGGAGGGAAAGUCUUCUGGAAUUAUAGGUGUGUGCCAUAUAGAAUUAUCUUGUUGUUUUAUAAAUGUGCCUGAUACAAAAUUUCUUGUCCCAAUGUUACUGAAUAUAAUCAUCCUUGUCCACGAAACACGUUAAAAUUUCAGAAUAAGGCUUGCUCCUUAACGGAUUAAUUAUCUGCAAUUAUUUUUUAAAAUUCUUUGUCUCUCUGAUUGCAAUUUUCUCUGUGAACAAUCUAAAAAUGGAUUUUUGUUUGAAUCAACA